UCCUCUGGGCAUCAGUUUCCUCCUCUGUAAGAUGGGGGGUGGCCUACCUUGCCUCCAUGUGGGGCGGUGGAAGUGAAAGAACGCCAAGAAAGAGCCCCUCAUGUCUUUAACUCCUUGGGGGCCAGAAACAUCAUCUCAUGUCACAACACCAGGGAGAUCUUCUCAGCCUCAUCUCUUGGAUUAAAAAUGCCAAGGCUCAGAAACGGAAGCCACCACCUCGUCAUAGAGCUAGCUGGCCUGCCUCAUUUAUUCCUUGGGGGCAUCAGUAGUAACCAAUGUUUCCGGAGCACCUACUGUGUGCCGGGCCCUGUGUUCAGUGCUGUGCAAACACAGCUCCUUUAAAUUCUCGUUUCCAACCCCAAGAAGUGAGGACAUGGAGGCUCAGAGACAGGACAAGGUUUGCCCAAGGCCAGUGAGGGGCAGAAACCAAGCUCGGAACCAGCACCCCGACCACCUGUGUGCGGUAGGCACCUCAAACUCUGGCUCCCUCGGGCUUCCUUUCCAGGGCUCUGCCAGUGAUGAGCUUGAGCUGAGCCAGGCCUUGAACCGGCCUCUUCCUCCCACCCAAGCAGCCUCCCCUCAGGGGAAUUGUGGCCACCGCAGGUGCAGGGAGCGGUUCCUCUCCACUCACGGCCUGAAGCGGCGUACUUGAAGUGGUGUACUGCCAGGGUCUGCCCAGCAGCCGAAGGGCCCAGCAUUGGGGCCAGUGGAGCCCAUCUCCGGCAGGGCUGGGCAGGAAGUGGGGCGGGGUUUGGGGCCCGCCGAGGUGGGAUCUGGUACCCCAGGAGUGCUGCGACCCAGACGGACCAACCCACUGGAGAAGAUGCCUGGGGGUCCCGGAGUCCUCCAAGCCCCGCCUGCCACCAUCUUCCUCCUCUUCUUGUUCUCCGCUGCUGGCCCAGGCCCCGGGUGCCAGGCCCUGUGGGUGCACGGGGGCCCGCCAUCAGUGACAGUGAGCGUGGGGGAGGACGCCCGCCUCCCGUGCCCAUACAACAGCAGCAGCCCAGGCAGCUCCGUCAACGUCACCUGGUGGCGCAUCCUCAUCCUCGAAAAGAAGAACCACACGUGGCCCUCAGUGUUCCUGGAGCACAGCAAGGUCACCAACGGCGAGCUGAUCAUCCCACAGGUGAACAAGAGCCACGGGGGCAUGUACAGGUGCCAGGUGGAAGAAAACAAGAAGGUGAAGCACUCCUGCGGCACCUACCUCCGCGUGCGUGAGCCGCUCCCCAGACCCUUCCUGGACAUGGCGGAGGGCACCAAGAACAACAUCAUCACAGCCGAGGGGAUCAUCCUGCUGUUCUGCGCUGUGGUGCCUGGGACGCUGCUGCUGUUCAGGAAACGAUGGCAGAACUUGAAGUUUGGGCCGGAUAUGCAGGAUGACUAUGAAGAUGAAAAUCUUUAUGAGGGCCUGAACCUUGAUGACUGUUCCAUGUACGAGGACAUCUCCAGGGGCCUCCAGGGCACCUACCAGGACGUGGGCAGCCUCCACAUCGGAGACGUCCAGCUGGAGAAGCCGUGACCCAGCUGGGCUGCCCCUGUCUGCGGUGCUUCCAACUCGUGUCUGACCCCACAUCCCUGGAACCCGCUCUCUUUUCACAAUCUUUCCUGGGAGUGUCCUGACUCAACUUCCCGCUUAGGAGUGUCCACUCUUCUUCCCUCUAGACUGUCCUCAUCUCCAGCUCACACCCUAACUCAAUCCUCCCCCUGCUGCCUUUCCCAGCCUCCCCCCCAACCCCCAGCGGGUAAUGAGCCCUUAAUUGCUGCCUCUGGGGGAGCUGAUUGUAGCAGCCUCGUUAGUGUCACCUCCCCCUCCCUCCUCUGUCAUGGCCACUUAGUGAUAAUAAAUCCUUCCCAACUGCA